UGGCUUUUUCUUUAAGCCGACUUCAACAAAAAGAAGGAACUUCAUCAUCGUUUUCAAUAGUGAUUUUCACCAGCACGACACGCUCUUCUUCUCUGCUAUUUGAAUCACUGGCACCGUAAUUAACACUCUCAACCACCCAAUAUAACCUUCUUCCUCCUCCAUUCGUUCAUUUCUCAUUGCCGGACUAACACUUCCGAUUUCUCUGUUUUUUGAGUUCUUCCGCUACCAUCCAAGAAGAAAACAUGGCCAAUGCAGCAUCAGGAAUGGCUGUGAACGAUGAAUGUAAGUUAAAGUUUUUGGAGCUCAAGUCGAAAAGAACCCAUCGUUUCAUUGUCUUUAAGAUCGAGGAGAAGCUGAAGCAAGUUGUUGUGGAGAAACUCGGUGGGCCUAGCCAGAGUUAUGAAGAUUUUGCUGCUAGUCUCCCUGCCAACGAGUGUCGUUAUGCUGUCUAUGAUUUCGACUUUGUGACUGAAGAAAAUUGCCAAAAAAGCAGAAUCUUCUUCAUUGCCUGGUGUCCUGAUGAUUCAAAGGUCAGAAGCAAGAUGAUAUAUGCAAGCUCCAAGGACAGAUUCAAGAGAGAGCUCGAUGGAAUACAAGUAGAGCUGCAAGCAACUGAUCCAACUGAGAUGGGUCUUGAUGUCAUUCGAAGCCGUGCCAACUGAACACGAAACACAAGACUUUGGAAAUAAAUUGAAACAGUUAAAGUUUUGUGAGAUGGAGGCUUAGAUUUCACUGAAAAUCUUCUGUUCUACUUGAACAAGUAUGCAGCUGUGUGUCAUCUACUUUCUCAUGGUAUUUCUUUUAACUUGUUAUGCAACUCUUUUGUCUUGAGUGACCAUCUGGAAUCUGAUUAUUACCUAUAAAAGCUAAUAUUAUGUAGCUUGAGGGGUUAGUUGAAACCUUAUGCUAAUUUCUAUUUUGUUCUCUUUUUCUUUUUUUCAGCUUUACUUUGAAUUUAUGGCUUUUGAAGUGAUGAUGUAUUUAAUAACAUACAUUCUUUCUUCUUUAACCCAAACAUUAUCCUCUCUA